UUCUUUCCGUAAAGGGUAGUAACUCCUAAAUUCAUUUCCACUUCCGUGUUAUGAGGAAGAAACAUGUCUUCCACACUGAAACCUUAUUUGGAUGCUAUUAGGGGCACGUUGAAUGCUGUGAUCUGCCUGCAGAAUUUUGAUUCUCAAGUGGUUGAAAGGCAUAACAAACCAGAGGUGGAAGUAAAGAGCAGCAAAGAACUUCUUCUUACACCUGUCACGAUAAGCAGAAAUGAGAAAGAAAAGGUUCUUAUAGAGGGAUCAAUUAAUUCUUUAAGGAUUAGCAUUAUGAUAAAACAGGCUGAUGAUAUUGAAAAGAUUUUAUGUCACAAAUUUAUGCGCUUUAUGAUGAUGAGAGCUGAGCAUUUCACAGUGCUCCGAAGAAAACCAGUUGAGGGCUUUGACAUCAGUUUCCUCAUCACAAAUACCCACACUGAGCAGAUGUACAAACACAAGCUUGUAGAUUUCAUCAUUCACUUCAUGGAGGAAAUAGACAAAGAAAUAAGUGCUAUGAAACUAGCUGUAAAUUCUAGAGCCAGAAUCAGUGCAGAAGAAUUUCUCAAACGUUUUUAAACUACUUUCAUUAUCUAUUUCAUUUAAUUUUACUAAUUGUAUUUGAUACAUGUAAGGCCACAUUAUCUGUGCUGGAAAUAAUAUUCAUUAUGUUGUAUACAAUAACAUCAGAAACCAGCCUAAUACUUUUAUAAGGGAAUAACUUGUGAAAGUUUUAAAAGAAUCAGAUAUAUUAUCCCUUUUGAUAUAUAAGUAAUGUAUCAUUACAUGUAUUCAACAAAAGUAAUACAAAGCAUGGAGUAAAUAUUUGUGUUUUUUUUAAUAAUAGUUGUAUUUUGUAAUAAUAAAGGUACUGAAUAUCUUGAAUACCUGUA